AUGGUUGAUGACGUGAAAGAUAUUACGGAAAACGCUGAAAGUAAAGUGUCGUCAGAGGCCCUGGACCGAUCGAGGCUGGCCCGCGAGCGACGCGAGGCGGAGCAACGGAAGAGGCUGGACGAGCUGAGGGCGCACGCGGCCGCGGCCCAAGCUCAACGCGAGAGGCGCGAUGAAGACAGGCGCCGGCGGCAAGCCGAGCAGCGGGCGAGAGACGACGACAGACGGUUGCAGGCCGAGCAGAGGGCAAAGGACAACGACAGGCGCUUGCAGGUCGAGGAGCGGAAGCGGGCGAUAUGGGAGGCUUCGGUGUCGCGGCGGGAGGCGUUGCUUCAGAGGGAGAGGGAGCGAACGGAGCGCCUGGAGAGGGCCAGGGCUGCCCGUUCGACUCCUAGGCCGGCCUUCGCCUUCGGCUCGUCGACUCCAAGGCUACUGGAGCCAGUCGACUCGGCAGGUUUCUUCUGGGCCGCGCGCAGUACCAACCCCCUCGAUCAGAUGAACUUUUUUGAGUCACUGGCGGCAUCAACAACGAACGUGAUGUUCGCGUCUGCGCCGCUCACUAGGAGGGCCUCUGCGCUUCAGCUCGACAUGUCCGACAGCGAUAACAAAGACGAACCGGACCGCACGCCGACGGUGGUGUGGUCGUCGGUGGCGCGCCGCCGCACGGACCUCGUGCCGACGCUACCAGCGCCGAGGGCGCCAGGUAGGGCCUACUCGAUGACGCGGCUCGACCGGCUGGCGGGCCAGCACCAGCACCAGAGCCACCAGCACCACCUCGCCACGCCGACCUCGUCGCCGUCGAUGCACCACCUGAGCCAUCGGAGCCAGACGCGCUCCGGCGAGACGACGCCCGGCUCCCGGCCCGGCAGCGCGCUUUCGAACGGCGCCGGCGUGGUGCGGCGCGCCACUUCGGCGCCGCGCAAGCCGCGCCCCGCCUCCAUCGCCGGCACCGGGGUCAAUACGCCGCGAGGCGGAGGGGACACGGGGGCGAACAGCGUUGCGACCACGCCGUCCGUUUCGCGCGACGCCACCACAGUCGCCGGCGGGGAUGCCCCGAGGAGGCCCGCGACGGCACGCAAGCCGCGCCCCCUCUCGCUCCACGCGUCGCCACGUCCCGUGCCCCCUGCAGCUCCAGGGGAGGGCAAACCGCCACUGCACAGAAAGCCAAAGCCCUCCAAAGAUCACGACAAGCGUGGCAAAUCGCAGUCGCCUGGACGCGCCCUAUCGCCGACGCCUCCGCGACAAACCGCCCACGCAACGGACAAGGGGGCGUUGGCGGCGCCGGCUGACAAGCGGCAGGUCAGCGCCGUGGAGGUGACGCAGAAGCUGGAGGCUUUGCAGAUUGGAGACACGAUGCAGCCCCAACUGAUCGCUGACGACAAGAUAAACGAGAACAAAGAGGUUGUGGAGAAUAAACCAAAAUCGAACCCCGAACAGUUAGUGGAUGUUGAGAUGGAAGAGAAGCCCAUAGAAGUACAGAAGCCAGUCGAGAAGAAGGAGUCAUCGCAAGAGAGGAAAGAGGAAAAACGGGAGGAGAAGAAGGAGCUGCCGCAAGAAAGGAAAGAGGACAAACGGGAAGAGAAGAAGGAGUCCUCGCAGGAGAAAACGGAGGAGAAUGAAAUGACAGCGUCGAUGAUGGCGCGCCGCAUCACGACCGAGGAGGAGGCCAAGGCGGCGCUGGCCGAGCGCAGGAGGCGCGCCAGGGAGGAGCUGGAGCGGCAGGCCGAGCUCGAGAGGCAGCGACUGCAACGGGAGGCGGAGGAAGAAGCAGAGAGACAGAGGCAAGAGGAAGAGAGGCAGAGGAGGGAGGAGGAGGAGGCGCGAGAACUGGCUGCUCUCCAGAGGCGCGUCGAGGAGGAAAAAUUGAGGAAGGCUAUAGAGGCGCAGCAGGAGCUGGAGCGGCUGGAGGCGGAGCGGCGGUCGCGCAGCUCGGCGGAGCGCGCGGCGCGGCUGCGCGAGGAGGAGGAGAAGCGGCGCGCCGGCGAGGAGGCCGAGCGGCUGCGCAGGGAGGAGGCGGAGCGCGACGAGCGCGAGCGGCUGCAGCGCAAGCAGCGCGUCGAGGCCAUCAUGGCGCGCACCAGGCUGCGCAAGCAAGCUGAAGAAGAGAAGAAACAACAGGGGAUCAAAGCACAAGAUGGGCCUCAACAGCAGACGGACGAUCAAGCGCCAACACAAGCGAACUCGAACACCACACAAGACACCGAGCGACAACAGAUGAACAAAGAUGAGAACGAUUCCGCUCUGACGAGUCAGACCGCACCGGUUCAAGGCAGCACUUUGCCGAAAGAAGUCGAACAAUCGACCGCAGAGACUAAAGACUCGAACCCACAAGCAAACGAGCAAGUGACGAUAGAAACCGGUGAGCGGACGUCGGUAGAGCAACACACCUCGUCGGUAGAACAGCAGGGGGCUCCGUCGGUAGAGCAGCAGGGGACCUCGUCGGUAGAGCAGCAGGGGGCUCCGUCGGUAGAGCAGCAGGGGACCUCGUCGGUAGAGCAGCAGGGGGCUCCGUCGGCGGAGCAGCAAAUGCCGAAUCCGGAGCACGGGCUGCUGCUGCCUACGGAGCGGCACGUGCCCGUCACGCAGCACGUGUCCGUUGCGGUGACGUCGCCGGCGGACAAUGGGAACGUGUACACGGCGGACCUCCUGCAACUCGCCCCUAGUCAGGAGUCGGCGCCGACGCAGGGAGGCGCCCGCAACGGCAACGCGGCCGCAGACGCCGCCCACGUGCUCGACACACGCGAUAGCGAAGACACGAGCGGCACGCAGCCGAACGACAACGCGCCCACAACGUUGGCCAACAACGGCAACCAGCGCGCCGGCCAACUGUCCAACAGCUUCCUGCAGAACGAGCGCAUCUCCGCCGAGAGGCACGGCCAGCUCGGCCAACACGGCCAACACGGCCAACUCGGCCAACUCGGCCAACACGAGCAGAACGGCCAACUCGGGCCGAAGCUGGCCGAGGUGCCGAGGCUGCUGGACGAGGAGUUCGCCACGCACAACGGCCACCCCGCCGCCCACGGCCACCCGCUCACAUUGCAAAACGCGAUC